AUGGUGGAUUCCACCAGUGUGCUUAUUAACACGUUGAACGCCAGACCAAAAACCAUGUUUAGUCCAGUGGGCCGCGACGGACACCAUAUCAUGUUCCGCGGCGGCGUGGUGGGCGAGCUGGACGCGCGACGCGACGCCGCGCUCGCCCGCGUGCUCGUGCGUCUCCAGGCGCGAGCGCGCGGCCUGCUCGCCCGCCGUCGCGCCCAGAGACUACGCACGCAGCACACUGCAGCAAGGUGUGUGCAACGCAAUGUGCGCGCCUUCCUCGCGGUGCGCGAUUGGCCGUGGUGGCGGCUGCUGGUGCGCGUCACACCACUGCUCGCUGUACACCGCACAGAGCACCGGCUUAAACAAGCACAGGAUGAGUUGGAGACGCUACGCGCAAAACUGGAAAAAGUUGAAACCGAACGAACGCACUAUAAGAACGAGACCGAAAAGUUUGAAAAUAAGCUAUCAGAAGUGGGCGGUGAACUAGCGGAGGAAAGGGCUGCAGCUGCACUAGCAUCGGAGAGAGCAGACGCCGAGGCCGCAGAACGACUUCGAGUAGAAAGAGACAACAGGGAACUUCUAGCCAAUAAUCAAAGGCUGCAGCAGGCAUCAGAACGCUUAGAACUCGAACUCCUGCACUGGCGUUCCGCUGAAAACGGUGCGGAGCCUUCAGAUUCUGAGGGAUCAGAGGCCGAAGUGGGUGCCAACGGCGAAAAAUACAAGCGGCGCUUCGAGAGAGCGCACCGUGAGCUGCAACUGCUAAGAGCUCAGCUGCGGAGACAGCACGAGGACGACCUCGAACAGCUGGUCACCGUCAAGAAGCAGCUCGAGAAGAAGGUCCAGGAUGCGUAUGAAGAAGUGGAAGAACAGCGGGCAGUGGCUGCACAAUGGAAACGAAAACUGCAGAAGCUGACCAACGACAUGGCGGACCUCCGCUCUCUUCUCGAUGAACAGACUUGCCGCAACAAUCUCCUAGAGAAACGUCAACGUAAGUUCGACGCGGAACUACACAGCGCUCAAGAAGAGUUGAAGAGAGAACGCGCCGCCAAGGAACGCCUGUCGCGGGAGAGGGACCAGGCGCACGCCGAAAAGUAUGCGCUGGAGCAGAGCCUCUCUGAAGCUCGGCUCGAGGUCGAGCUGAAGGAGGAGCGCCUGGCGGCGGCGGCUCGCGAGCUCGAGGAGCGCGGAGGGGGGGGUGACGAGCUGGCGGCGCUGAGGCGGGCGCGCGCAGAGCUGGAGAGACGCGUGCGCGACCAGGAGGAGGAGCUGGACGAGCUCGCCGGCCAGAUACAGCUCCUGGAGAGCUCGAAGCUGCGGCUGGAGAUGCUGCUGGAGCAGCAGCGCAAGGAAGCGCGCCUGGAGGCGGCCGCGCGCGACGACGAGAUGGAGGAGACGCGCGCCAACGCCUCCAAGAAACUUAAGAUGCUGGAGAGCCAGCUGGAGAGCGAGCACGCGGAGCGCUCCCUGCUGCUGCGCGAGCGCCACGAGCUGGAGCGGCGCCUGGCCGCGCUGGAGGAGGCGGCGCGCGCCGACAGCGCCGACCAGCUGCAGCUCGUGCAGCGCCUCAAGAGAGACCUCAAACGAUACCGCGCACUGCUACGUGAUGCACAAACGAUGCUCGAACAGAAAGAAAAAGAUGGAGGCGGUAAAGCGCAGAUUAGGCAGUUAAAGAACCAGGUGGAAGAUCUCGAGCUGGCGCUCCGAGCCGCGAACAAGGCUCGUUCCACAGCCGAGGCGGAGGCGGCCGAGGCGACGGCGGCGUUGGAAGAGGCCAAUCGCGCCAAGAACGACGCGGCCGAGCGCGCGCUCGCCGCCUCCAGGGACGCCGCCGCGGCGCGAGCGCAGCUGGACGACGCCGAGGAGGAGGCGGCCGAGCUAUUAAAGAAGUACCGCGCGAGCACGAGCUCGCUGUGCGCGGCGCAGGCGGAGGCGCGCGAGGCGGAGAGUCGUGCGGAGGCGGCGGCGGAGGAGGCGCGGCAGGCGAGGGAGCGCCUCGCGGAGAUCAGUGCGCGCCUGGCGACCGCGGAGGCGGGCCACUCGCACGAGCACCACGAGGCCGAGCGCCGCCUCGAGCUGCGGAACAAGGAGCUGGAAUCAAGUCUGGAGCUAGAGGCGACACAACGCGCGCGGUUGGAGGGGCAGUUGGCGCGCUUACGAGACGCACACGAGGCACUUGCCGCGGAGCUGGCAGCGGCGCGCGCGCGGGACCACCUCGCCGCCGAGGAGGCGCGGAAACUCGCCCGUCAGCUGAGGGAGCUGAAGGAGGAGAACUCGUCGCUGAACGCGAAGCUGAGCGAGGCGUGCCGCGGCCGGAGCGCGGCGGAGGCGGCGGCGGCGGCGGCGGCGGGCGAGGCGGCGGCGGCGCGCGACGAGGCGCGCCUGGCCGCGCGCCGCGCCGCCGCCCUGCAGGAGGCCAUCGCCGGCGACCUGUCCAGCCCCGGCGACUCGCGCGACAGCGACAGUGAAAACGACAGCUACAGCUCAGACGAAUCUAUAGGAACAUUUUUAGCGAAUCAUAAGCUGAGCCCGUCGGUGCCGUCACGCAACAGCAUACAGCUGGACUCCCAAAAAUCUCACAGCCCCGAGGGCCGCCAGAGCCGCACCAGCGUCGGCUCGGGCUCGAAGCCGCUGAGCCCCACCAAGGAGUCGUUCGCAUAACAACCGGCCGCGGGCGGCUUGCUCGCCAGCGCAUUGCCGCUUCUCUGCACCGCGCUCUGCGCCAGGCAGCGCGCGCCCUCCACGCACCUCGUCAUCGAGUGAACGAGUAGUGCGUGACGAGAGACGUCACGGCACAUGACGUGCAACGCACGCCCUCCACGCACCUUGGCACAGAGUUCGUGACGAGUGACGUCAUAAUACAUAACCUGCAGCGCACGUCCUACACGCAACCCGUCACCGAGUUCGUGACGAGUGACCUCACAAUACUUGACGUGCAGCGAGCGUCCUCCACGCACCUCAUCAUUUAGGUAACACCUAAGCUGCUAGUUUGCCGAAAUUAUAUAGGCAAACAAGCGCGUCGUGGUGGGACGUGUGCCCUGUGACGUCACUUGACGAGUGUCGUGUGUGUACUAUAUUGACUAAUUAUGUGUAUAGUGUAUGUUGUGACUGACUAAUUAUGUACGAGAAUGUUUAUCAUCGGUUUUUACAGUUGAUUGUUAGUGUACCACUGACACUAGUGUCCCACUGAUCGUAAAAUCCUACUUCCCUUAAUGAAUUUUAUACCACCAUUUACGAAAAUAUUUAUCCAAUGUGCCAACUUCCAAUAAUACAAUUUAAAAUUACAAUGACGGUUAUUAAGCGACUGAUUACCUGGAUGUUACAAAAUGAAAUAGAUUCAAAUCUAAUUGUCUCAUUAAUAAGCUACAUAUACGAGUAAUAAAAUCGUUUGUAGAUGAAACUAAAUCAUAUUCGGAUUUGAUUAGAAUAUAAGAAAAUAAUAUACACUAUACUGUUAAAGAAAGUUUUGCUAAUAAAGGAUUUAUUGGCGAUAAUAUUUCUACGCAAUAUGAUAUAUUAUGAUACGUACAAUAUUUAUGAGGCUAUAACUUUACAUAAAUCAUUUAUAAUGUACCACUGGCUUAUGAUAUACUGUGAUUAUAGUAGUUUAUUUUCGCUGAAUCGCUAUUUUCUGACACAGCUUGUGUUCGCCAAGGCUAUCACAAACUAUAUUAAUGCGAAAAUGAAUAUGCAUUCCAGACUGUUAUAUCUCAUUAUACUCAGACUCGACACUUAAAGGUCUUCUUACUACACUUGCAUAUUUUAUACACGGCUUGACAUUAAUUUAUUUAUAUUAGAUUUUUAUAAGAAGUAAAAUUCGAUGCUUAGAGUAAUUGUGCUGUGGUUUCUAAGCAGCCAGUCAGUAUUUAGAUAAUAUAGACGGAAAGGUUUAAUGUUAAGUUGAUUGUUAUUUAGUUAAUUAAUAAUUGUAAAUAAGUAGAUUGCAUAUACAUUUUUUAUUAUUUAAUUUGUAAUAUUCGUGUGAUCAGACUGUUAUUAUAUGAUUUAUUUGUUACAAAUGAUUUGUUGCUUUAUAGUAGACGAACAAACAUAUCUGUUAGGUAAAUAGAUUUUUAUCCCCACAUUGACUGGUUGGUUCUAAAUGUAAUUUUUACUACCGUAGUGAAUCAGCGUGCAUAGACAAAUAUCACUUUUUUAUUGACAGUGUCAAUGACAAAAAUAAAAGAAGAGGCGUUACAAUAAAUAAUGUUGUAGCUAUAAUUUAUUAACCAAAAAAUCUUUAUGUUUUUAGUUUUGUUAUUUGAAAUUGUUGAUAAAAAGUGUUCUUAGUUAAGCCUGCUCUUAUAGUAAACCAUUUUAUUAACAUUGUAUUUACGUAUAUUACUUCUAAAUCAUUCUAUAUAUACCAUUUAGAUAUGUGUCUGUAACCGCAAGUAUAUAAUUAUCUUUAAUAAACUUAUGAGUAAUGUAUAAUAUGUCAUGAAAUGUUACUGCAUUCGAUAUUGGUUGUAAAAUGAAAUAUUUAAUAAAGUAACUUACAAUCUU